AUGACUGCCAGGCCUGAUCAGAUCGCGCUGCUCGCUAAUGCGGCAGUGCCGGCAUUCAAAUGCCCCCCGGAACAAAGAUGCAUAUCCUCGAUCUUGGAACCUUACAAGUCGAUGAGUCUUGAAAACAAACGUCGUGAUUUGAUGGUCCUGUCCGCUCUUAUCGACUAUCCUGGGGUAGGACUCAUUUUGUUUGAAACAGGGUGUGCUGAGGAUAUCGAUGUGAAAUGGGGUGCCCCAAUCACCGACAUCUUCCCACGCACCCAGUACCGUGAGAAUCAAAAACUUCCCGCCGCAAUCAAGGAGACUGGAAACAACAUCGAAGAUGUUAAAGCGGUCAUCAUGGGCCAUCUCCACUUAGACCAUGCAGGCGGGCUAGAACACUUUAUUGGAACCGACGUUCCUAUCUACACGCAUGAGGAAGAAUUCAAGCACGCCUGCUGGGCGGUUGCGACCGGUGCCGAUCUGGGUGUCUAUAUGGGACACUACAUUGAUCUGGAGAAGUUGAACUGGAAAACCUUUAAUGAAUCCACCCUGGAUUUGUUUCAAGGAAUUUCAAUUCACCAUCUGCCGGGGCACACCCCGGGCCUGUGUGGGUUGCAGAUCAAUUUGGAGAAUGAUGGAACCUUUAUCUGGACGACUGGUCAGUUCCAUGUCAGAGAGAACUAUGACCUCGGACAACCCCACGGCGGGUUGGCAAGGGAUCACAACGCGUGGUACCGGAGUUUGAGCCUGGUGCGGAGACUACAGCGGCUUUUUAACGCGAAAUUAAUCUUUGGACACGACAAGGAAGUUGGAAUGUGUUAUAAAUUAGCCAAAGAAUACUACGAGUAG